UUGGAGCGCUGUAUUUUCUGCCUGUCUAUAUUUGGAUCUGUGUGCGUUUAACGGCAGUAAAUACGGAUUGGCUGAAUCGUUAAUUAUAGAUAUUGCAGACUGGAUCUUUACAUAUGUAUACUAUCUCCAAUUGGAAUAAAUAAUUGAGGAAUGUGGAAAUUACAGAAUGCCCAACAGCGUUGGAAAGAGAUUUAAACCCACCAAAUACAUCCCGGUAUCCACUGCUGCCACUCUUCUUGUGGGAUCCACCACCUUAUUCUUCGUUUUUACGUGCCCCUGGUUGACCAAAGCGAUCUCCCCCAGUGUGCCUCUCUACAAUGGCGUCGUCUUCCUCUUUGUGCUGGCCAACUUCAGCAUGGCUACCUUCAUGGACCCUGGAGUCUUCCCCAGAGCGGAGGAGGACGAGGACAAGGACGAUGAUUUCCGGGCGCCUCUCUACAAGAACGUGGAGAUCAAGGGAAUUCAGGUCAGGAUGAAGUGGUGUGCCACCUGUCACUUCUACAGACCGCCCCGCUGCUCCCACUGCAGCGUGUGUGACAACUGCGUGGAGGACUUUGACCACCACUGCCCCUGGGUGAACAACUGCAUCGGACGCAGGAACUACCGUUACUUCUUCCUGUUCCUGCUGUCGCUAAGCAUCCACAUGGUCGGCGUGUUCUCCUUUGGCCUACUAUUCGUGCUGCACCAUAUGGAGCGGCUGGGUACGCUGCAUACUACCAUCACUCUGGUGGUGAUGUGUAUAGCAGGGCUCUUCUUCAUUCCAGUCAUGGGCCUGACAGGCUUCCAUAUGGUCCUUGUCGCCAGAGGUCGCACCACUAACGAACAGGUGACGGGCAAGUUCCGCGGAGGAGUAAAUCCCUUCACGCAGGGUUGCUGUGGCAACAUCAAGUAUGUCCUGUGUGCUCCCUUGGUGCCCAGGUACACAGGUGUGGACCCCAGGAAGAAGCCCCCUGUCUCCAUCCAGCCCCCCUUCAUCAGACCAGACAUCUCUGACAGACAGAUCAGCAUCAAGGUCAGCGACAACGGGAUCCACACCAGUAUCCUCCGGUCUAAAUCCAAGAUCAGUCUGGAUGGCCUGGCCUUGGAUGAUAAAGGCCUAGACACCCAGCCCCCGCUGCCCCCCAAAGCAGACCGCUACAACCAGCUGAAGAGCCAGCUGACAUCCAGCAAAGAUAGUUCCCUAACUGGCAAGACCCACCCCUCAACCCCGGCCAUGUACAAGUACCGGCCCUCGUUCGGCACCAUCCCUAAAGUCCACUACAACGCGGCAGGGGAGGAGAUUGUUAUGCCAGAUGACCACCAUAAGGCGUCAGCCAUCUUGGAGGAGGGCCGUUGCCACGUUGACUACCGCUCAGAGCCCAACCUGGACCUGCCUGACUACCACAAUGCCCCUCUCCACCGUACCUUCCAGUCCUCCCCACUGCAGCUGGACUCCUACCUCAUCAACUCCCGCUCCCUCAGCCUGAAGCAGGCCCACCAGCGCAGGGACAAGGGCCAGCUGCCUACCCUGCAGCCCGAGACCGCCACCUCCACCCCCUACAAGAGCGUCUUCUCCCCCAACACAUUGUCCAACCGUAACGGCAGCCUCUCCUACGACAGCCUGCUCAACCCCAGCAUUUCCCCAGCCACAGAGGCAGAGUGCAUGGCCCACCCCGGUAUGCCCUUUAUGGGCUUCCACACACCCUACCUGCCAACCAAAAUGUGCCAUGUGCAGGGGCCUGAACUGCAGAGCCAGAGGCAGCAGGUCCCCCCUAGCUUCAGCCCCAUGUUGGGCUCCAGGGGGAUAGGGAUGAGCAUGAGCAGGCAGUCCCCCCGGGACCGGGACCCGUCCCCGGUGCGCUACGACAACCUCUCCAAAACCAUCAUGGCAUCUAUCCAGGAGCGUAAGGAGAUGGAGGAGAAGGAGAAGCUGCUGCUGCACCACGGGACACACACUCAGGCUCAGGCCUAUAAUCAGGCUCAGGACUCAGGCAUGUUUGACAGCCCUGGAGGGUACGGCCUGCCUCCUAGCGCCUGCUACCCAGAUGGGCCCCGGGGCACGAGCUCCAAAGGACCAACACCCCCGGCCUAUGGAGGUUCCAGGGACAACCUGAUGGGGGUGGUGAGCUACGGGCCGCUGACCCCCGUGCUGCGCUCCUCUGGUGGCUCCUCUCUGGUACGUGCCCCCAGGACUUCCUCCAGCUCCUUGCACACUGACAGCAGCAUGCAGGGAGGAAGGGCCUCCGAGCCCUCCUACCGCUCCCCAGCCCAUCAGCCCCACCACUCCCCCGCCAUGCCCCAAUCCCCCUCCUACAUCCACCAGAAACUCUCCUUUAUCCAUGCCCUGGAGAGGACAGACUCACCCCGCCUGGGUGGCCCAAGAGAGGCCAUGAUGCAAAGUAAAGUGAAUGGGCAAAUGGAUUGCCAUCUAGGGCCCAACAGCUCCAGUGCCCAGGGCAACCCUCUCAGCCCUAGCCGCCACAGUAAUGUCAAAAAGGUGACUGGGGUGGGUGGCACCACCUAUGAGAUAUCUGUGUGAGAGGGCUGGGGCCCGGGGCACCAAACCUUAAAGGAGAAGGCAGCAUUGUCAUGGCAACCACCUCCAAUGGCAACAACAUCCACAACCGUGCUAGAGAGGAUUCUCUUCUUCCUUUUACCGUUUUUAAUUCAAUAUUAACCAAUCAGGGGUGCAGAGCACUUCCUCAUUGGGAAUUAUUGUCCAAUCCGGGCCAGCCCCGGUCUCUGUGUGUCUGUACUGGAGGAGUGGAUAUUGAUCAGUGUGUGUUGUGGGAAAAGAGCAACUUCAACCUAAAGAGGGCUGAUAUUUGUACAGAGUGUUGUGUUGUUGAAGUCUGUGGCUUGUUGUGUUGGUUAUCACUGAACAGUCUGAAUCAGACAGACAGAUCUUAAAUGUAUUGUUUAUGGCGUCUCUCAGUUGCGGUCUAUCUGCUGUUAUAAAUUGGGCGGAUCGAGCCCUGAAUGCUGAUUGGCUGAAAGCCGUGGUAUAUCAGACCAUACACCAUGGGUAUGACAAAACAUUUAUUUGUACUGUUCUAAUUACGUUGAUAACCAGUUCAUAAUAGCAAUAAGGCACCUUGGGGGUUUGUGGUAUAUGGCCAAUAUACCACAACUGAGGGUUGUAUCCUAGCACUCUGCGUUGCGUUGUGCAUACAAACAGCCCUUAGCCGUACCUCCCUUAGCCAUGGUAUAUUGGCCUUAUACCACACAAUUAUUGCUUAAUUAUGUGUCAUCAUCACACUCACUACACACUCACAGACCACAAGAUUUUAACAGCCAGACACACAAACUCAUACAAUUGAUGUCACACAUCUUUGUUCAGUCACAUUCUUUAAAAUAGCAGUGGUAUGGAUAGCUAUCUCCAAACCAAUAAGUUAUGCGUAUAGCAGCACCCCAUUGGAUUCAAGCAUACAGCAUCCCUCUUAGGUAUUCAAAGUGCUUCACAUAUCCUGUCCAAAUGACCAUGUCUGUCUGGUCCAUCAACAACAUGUUGGCCAUUACUGAGUGGAACAGAGGGAAGAUUACAUUAAACCAGUGAGUUUUAGAUCAAUACAAUCUUUAAUAGGCUGACUGAUCUGAGCCAAAGACAACACAACUGUGCUGUGUUGCACUCAGAGACACAGGUCUUGAAUGUCUCCUAAUCUACAUUUAUCCUCUGAGUUUUUAGGAGGUGUUUUAGGGUUUACAGUACAGGAGCAUAUUAAUCCAAACUCUAGCUGAGAUCCAGUAUUUACCUAUACAGUAUACCAUAAGCUACAGUCUGUACGUUAUCAGCAACAUACGGUGCCUUCGAAAAGUAUUCAGACACCUUGACCUUUUCCACAUUUUGUUACGUUACAGCCUUAUUCUAAAAUUGAUUAAAAUAAAUGUUUUCCCUCAUCAGUCUACACACAACACCCCAUAAUGACAAAGCGAAAAGAGGUUUCUAGAAAUGUUAGCACAUUUAUAUAUUUUUUUAAACAGAAAUACCUUAUUUACAUAAGUAUUCAGACCCUUUGCUAUGAGACUCGAAAUUGAGCUCAAGUGCAUCCUGUUUCCAUUGAUCAUCCUUGAAAUGUUUCUACAACUUGAUUGGAAUCCACCUGUGGUAAAGUCAAUUGAUUGGACAUGAUUUGGAAAGGCACACACCUGUCUAUAUAAGGUCCCACAGUUGUCGGUGCAAACCAAAGCAAAAACCAAGCCAUGAGGUCAAAGGAAUUAUCCGAAGAGCUGCAAGACAGGAUUGUGUCGAGGCACAGAUCUGGGGAAGGGUACCAAAACAUUUCAGCUGAAUUGAAGGUCCCCAAGAGCACAAUGGCCUCCAUCAUUCUUAAGUGGAAUAAGUUUGGAACCACCUAGGCUCUUCAUAGGGCUGGCCGCCUGGCCAAACUGAGCAAUCUGGGGAGAAGGCCCUUGGUCAGAUAGGUGGCCAAAAAACCAAUGGUCACUCUGACAGAGCUCCAGAGUUCAUAUGUGGAAUUGGGAGAACCUUCCAGAAGGACAACCAUCUCUGCAGCACUCCACCAAUCAGAACUUUAUGGUAGAGUGGCCAAACAGAAGCCAAUCCUCAGUAAAAGGCACAUGGCAGUCCACUUGAAGUUUGCCAAAAGGCACCUAAAGACUCUCAGACCAUGAGAAACAAGAUUAUCUGGUCUGAUGAAACCAAAAUUGAACUCUUUGGCCUAAAUGCCCAAGCGCCAUAUCUGGAGGAAACCUGGUACCAUUACUACAGUGAAGCAUAGUGGUGGCAGCAUCAUGCUGUGGGGACGUUUUUCAGCAGCAGGGACUGGGAGACCAGUCAGGAUCGAGGGAAAGAUGAACGGAGCAAAGUACAGCGAGAUCCUUGAUGAAAACCUGCUCCAGAGCGAACAGGAUCUCAGACCGGGGUGAAGGUUCGUCUUCCAACAGGACAACGACCCUAAGUACACAACCAAGACAAUGCAGCUUGAGAGGAUAUGCAGAGAAGAAUGGGAGAAACACCCCAAAUACAGGUGUGCCAAGCUUGUUCCAUCAUACCCAAGAAGACUGUCAAGAAGACUGUCUAGGCUGUCUUUGCUACCAAAGGUGCUUCAACAAAGUACUGAGUAAAGGGUCUGAAUACUUAUGGAAAUGUAAUAUUUCUGUUUUUAAUUUUUUUAAAUAAAUUAGCAAAAAAUUCUAAAAACCUGUUUUUGCUUUGUCGUUAUGGGGUAUUGUGUAUAGAUUGAUGAGGGAAAAAUACUUUCCCAAUGCACUGUAUAUGUAGUCCAACACCCUAUCUAUUAGUUUAAAUGUUAUGUUAGAGUGACCCCCGACACAGACCAGUGCUAAGCACAUACACAAAAGCCUGUGCUACUGAGAGUUACAGUGGUGGCUGUUGUCUGUGAUCAGUUCUGAAUACCCAGUCAAAACAGUCCUCUCCAUAUUCAGGACAAAUCCCACCAGCUUGGCAGUCAGCCAUGCACAGCCAAAACAUCUGACAGGCAAUUUAUUACUUUUGUGACUUAGUAGUUUUUUUUGUUGUAAAAAUAGGUCUACCCAUAAUAAGUUAUGUUAAUGUCAUGUAUAAUUGUGUUUUGUUAUGAUUCAAAUCAAGUGUGAAAAAACCUUGAAAAUCAAAGAAGUCUUCAGCUGUGUUAUAAAAUAAAGAAAACUCACCAUUGUUUUUCAAAAUUAUUAUUAUUUUAUUUUUUAUAUAUAUACCCAACCUUUUGAAAAUGUUUGCAACAUCUUGCUUUUUAUACAGAUGCUCAAGCUUGGAAUGGAUGUUUGUAUUUGAGUGGAUUCUUGUGUUGAUAAUUUAUAACGUAAGUAAAUAAUAAAUAACAUAAGGAAUACAGAGAAGGGGGUAUACUAGUUUGUUGUAUUUUGCAGUGUAAAAAAUAGUUAUUGAUGAAACUGUAUGAUGAAGCAAUGAAAGUCAUAGGAAGCAGAUGUAAAAACAAUUGUUUUUUAGAAGUGGCUACUUUCCCUGACUCUGUUAACGCUCAGGGUAAUCCUGACUGUCAGUCUGUCUGUCCAGAACAUCAACAGGUUUCAGACUGAAGACAAGAAAUCCGUCUUUCAGCAGCUGUUUGGUACAGCGAACCAAUUGUAUUACGUAAGACGUAUGGAAAGUCAUACAUAAAACUAUGGGACUGUUUUUUUGUGUGUUCACUGAAGAAAAUAAGAUAUAUUUGGUCUAUAAUUUUUGUUCAUACAAAAAAUCACUGUACACUGAACAAAAAGAUAAACGCAACAUGUAAAGUGUUGGUCCAAUGUUUCAUGAGCUGAAAUAAAAGAUCUCAGAAAUUUUCCAUACACAAAUUUGUUAACAGCCCUGUUAGCGAGCUUCUCCACUUUCCUUAGAUUUUUUUAAUCCUUUAGGAUUUAAGGCAAGUCAGUUAAGAACAAAUUCUUAUUUACAAUGAGGGCCUACCCUGGACGACACUGGGCCUAUUGUGCACCACUGUUACGGACUCCCAAUCACAGCUGGAUGUGAUACAGACUGGAUUUGAACCAGGGACUGUAGUGACACCUCUUGCACAGAGAUAAAUAGCCUUAGACCGUUGUGGCACUCGGGAGCCCAAGAUAAUCCAUCCACCUGACAGGUUUGGCAUAUCAAGACGAUAAUUAAACCACAUGAUCAUUACACAGGUGCACCUUGUGAUGGGGACAAUAAAAGGCCAUUCUGAAAUGUGCAGUUUUGUCACACAACACAAUGCCACAGAUAUCUCAAGUUUUGAGGGAGCGUGCAAUCGGCAUGCUGACAGCAGGAAUGUCCACCAGACCUGUUGCCAGAUAAUUUUAUGUUAAUUUGUCUACCAUAAGCCACCUCCAACGUCUUUUUAAAGAAUUUGGCAGUACAUCCAACCAGCCUCACAACUGGACAGGCAUGAGCUACGGACAACAAACACAAUUGCAUUUUAUCGAUGGCAAUUUGAAUGCUGAAAAUGUCCCAGCUUUCCAGCGUGCAUACUCACCAGACAUGUCACCCAUUGAGCAUGUGUGGGAUGCUCUGGAUUGACGUGUACGACAACAUGUUCCAGUUCCCGCCAAUAUAGAGCGACUUCGCACAGCCAUUGAAGAGGAGUGGGACAACAUUCCACAGGCCACAAUCAACAGCCUGGUCAACUCUAUGUGAAGCAGAUGUUUUGUGCUGCAUGAAGCAAAUGGUGGUCACACCAGAUACUGACUGGUUUUCUGAUCCAUGCCCCUACCUUUUUUUAAAGAUAUCUGUUACCAACAGAUGCAUAUCCGUAAUCCCAGUCAUGUGAAAUCCCUAGAUUUGGGCCUCAUUUAUUUAUUUCAAUUGACUGAUUUCCUUAUAUGAACUGUAACUCAGGAAAAUCUUUGAAAUUGUUGCAUGUUGCGUUGAUAUUUUUGUUCAGUGUAGUGUUUUGCAUCUUUCUUUUCUUGUUUGUAAAAGGCUGUCUGAACAUGAAGUGAAAAAUGGCACCUGGACAUUUUCCCGUUCUGUGUUAAUGACGGAAAGUCAUUCGGAAAGUAUUCAGACCCCUUGACUUUUUCCACAUUUUGUUAAGUGACAGCCUUACUCUAAAUUGGAUUUAAUUGUUUUGUUUCCUCAUCAAACUACACACACUACGCCAUAAUGACAUAGCAUGAACAGUUUUUUAGAAAAACGGAAAUAUUACAUUGACAUAAGUAUUUAGACCCUUUACUUUGUUGAAGCACCUUUGGCAGCAAUUACAGCCUCAACUUGAGUAUAUCGCUACAAGCUUGGCACACCUGUAUUUGGGGAGUUUCUCCCAUUCUUUUCUGAAGAUACUGUCAAGCUCUGUCAGGUUGGAUGGGGAGAGUCGAUUGCAUAGCUAUUUUCAGGUCUCUCCAGAGAUGUUCGAUUGGGUUCAAGUCCGGGCUCUGGCUGGGCUACUCAAGGACAUUCAGAGACUUGUCCCGAACCCACUCCUGCAUUGUCUUGGCUAUGAGCUUAGGGACGUUGUCCUAUUGUAAGGUGAACCUUCACCCCAGUCUGAGGUCCUAAGCGCUCUGGAGCAAGUUUUCAUUUUCCUGUACUUUGCUCCCUUCAUCUUUGCCUCGAUCCUGACUAGCCUCCCAGUCCGUGCUGCUGAAAAACAUCCCAACAGCAGGAGGCUGCCACCACCAUGCUUGACCGUAGGGAUGGUGCCAGGUUUCCUCCAGAUGUGAUGCUUGGCAUUCAGGCCAAAGAGUUCAAUCUUGGUUUCAUCAGACCAGAGAAUUGUCUGAUUGUCUUUAGGUGCCUUUUGGUAAACUCCAAGCGGGCUGUCAUGUGCCUUUUACAGAGGAGUGGCUUCCGUCUUGCCGCUCUACCAUAAAGGCCUGAUUGGUGGAGUGCUGAAGAGAUUGUUGUCCUUCUGGAAGGUUCUCCCAUCUCCACAGAGAAACUGUAGAGCUCGAUCAUCGGAUUCUUGGUCACCUCCCUGACCAAGGUCCUUCUCCCCCGAUUGCUCAGUUUGGCGGGGCAGCCAGCUCUAGGAAGAGUCUUGGUGGUUCCAAACUUUUUCCAUUUAAGAAUGAUGGAGGCCACUGUGUUCUUGAGGACCUUCAAUGCUUUUUGGUACCCUUCCCUUGAUCUGUGCCUCAACACAAUCCUGUCUCAUACCUCUAUGGACAAUUCCUUCGACCUCAUGGCUUGGUUUUUGCUAUGACAUGCAUUGUCAACUGUGGGACAUUAUAUAAACAGCUGUGAACUCCAAUGAAAUUGUAGAAACACCUCAAGGAUGACUAAUGGAAACAGGAUGCACCUGAGCUCAAUUUUGAGUCUCAUAGCGAAGGGUCUGAAUACUUGUCUAAAUAAGGUAUUUCUGUUUUUAAUUUUUAAUACAUUUGUAAAAAUGCCUAAAAACCUGUUUCUGUUUUGUCAUUAUGGGGUAUUGUGUGUAGAUUGCUGUGGAUUUGUUAUUGAUUUAAUCCAUUUUAGAAGAAGGCUGUCACGUAACAUAAUUUUGAAAAAGUCAAGGUGUCUGAAUACUUUCGGAUGGCACUGUACAUGGAUGAAAAGUAUUAUAUUUGCUUGCAGCUACACAACUAAUCAAUUAUAUUGCCAUUAUGGCCUUUUAAGAGGACAAUGAUGUUUACUGCACAAAUACAUCUGAUGGAAUUGAUUGAGAUUGAAUAGAACAGAUAGCCAGAUUGCAGGUUGCCAUUAAAAAGUCCAAACAUGUUUGUGACUGAAUGGUUCCACUUUUGGAUGGUAGAAUCCUUUUUAAUAACAUAUUUUUAAAGCCAAAAUUAUUGUACCUAUUUAUCGAGAUACUCACUUUAUUUAAAGUACCACAAUUCUACAUAUACUGUAAUAAAUGUAUGUAUAUAUUGUACACACAGUGCUGUUUCUAGGCACAAUCCACAUAAGCAGCAGCUUAAAAAGAGGGGGCCACUAAAAUGUUUUACUUGUGAUGUGGGUGGGCCCCCCAACCAAAUCUCGCUUAGGGCCCCUAAAUGGUAGAUUUUUGCUACAUUUUAAUAUAUCAGAGACAGAGUACACAGGCAGAUGUGACCCUCGCAUUUUUACAUUUUUUAAUAUUCUUUUUAUUUCACCUUUAUUUAACCAGCUAGGCCAGUUGAGAACAAGUUCUCAUUUACAACUGCGACCUGUCCAAGAUAGAGCAAAGCAGUGCGACACAAACAACUGAGUGACACGUGGGAUAAACAAAUGUACAGUCAAUAACACAACAGAAAAACACAAUAGAAACGUCUAUAUACAGUGUGUGCAAAAAAUUUUCCUUUUUGUUGUUGCAUUGAAGACAGUAUAGAAGAAAAUACCCUGGUAAUGUUAUUUUAGGCUCUUGUUUGUGACACAUGCCAUUCCAAUUCUCCAUCUAAUCAUAUUAUCAGAGCAAUUGCAGGCUAUAAGCUUAAAAUAUGAGGUUACACAUUAAUAACAACUGGUCUGACCCCAUAGCAUACCCUAAUUGUAAUAUAUUAAACGUGGCAAAGGCAGCUAGUUAGGUUACUAUGCCAUACAUAUUUUAAGUUUAAUGUACAUAUUGGGUCACUUGUCUCAUAAUAGUUUCAAUUUAAUCUUGAGAUGAUCACUUGUUUUAUGGGAAUAAAAAUAUUGAACUCAAAUUCACCUGUGGUUCUUGCAGAUGACCCAACAUUGUUUAUACAUACUUGAAUCCUCCCCGUCAAGCACACACUUAUGACGAAAGUGAUUAUUAUUCUUCCUUUAGAUGACUGACAUUUAUUUAUUUUUUGCUGUGUUUUGUCUGACGAACAUUACACCAAGUCACCUCCCCUGAAUAAUAUGGACUAGUGCAGAAUACCUGUUGCUGUUUGUCUUGCUUAUCAUAAUCAGAUGUAGUAUUUUUAACAUUUUUAACAUUUGUCAUAUGAAUAGAAAAAUGAAAGAUGUAUGGUGCAUUCAGAAAGUAUUCAGACCCCUUGACUUUUCCACAUUUUGUUACGUUACAGCCUUAUUCUUAAAUGGAUGAAACCGUUUGUUUCCCUCAUCAAUCUACACACAAUACCCCAUAAUUACGAAGCAAAGACAAAUUUGUAGAAAAGUUUGCAAAUUUAUAAAAAAUAACUUAAAUAUCACAUUUACAUAAUUAUUCAGACCCUUUACUCAGUACUUUGUUGAAGCACCUUUGGCAGUGAUUACAGCCUCAAGUCUUCUUGGGUAUGACGCUACCAGCUUGCAACACCUGUAUUUGGGGAGUUUCUCCCAUUCUUCCCUGCAGAUCCUCUCAAGCUCUGUCAGGUUGGAUGGGGAGCGUCUCUGCACAUCUAUUUUCAGGUCUCUCCAGAGACGUUCGAUCCGGUUCAAGUCUGGGCUCUGGCUGGGCCACCCAAUCAAUUGAAUUUACCACAGGUUGACUCCAAUCAAGUUGUAGAAACAUCUCAAGGAUGAUUCAUGUAAGCAGGAUGCACCCAAGCUCAAUUUUCAGUCUCAUAGGAAAGGGUCUGAAUAAUAAAUAAGGUAUUUCUGUUUUUAAUUUUUAAUACAUUUGCAAACAUUUCUGAAAACCUGCUUUUGCUUCGUCAUUAUGGGGUAUUGUGUGUAGAUUGAUGAGGAUUUUUAUUUAAUCAAUUUUAGAUUAAGUCUAACUUGGCAAAAUGUGGAAAAGGUAAAGGGGUCAGAAUACUUUCAAAAUGCACUGUAUAUGUACAGGUAACUGCUAAAAUGAAGGAAACACCAACAUAAAGUGUCUUAAUAGGGCAUUGAGUCACCACCAACUAGAACAGCUUCAAUGAACCUUGGCAUACAUUCUACAAGUGAAUGGAACUAUUGUUGAUGGUGGUGGAAAAUGCUGUCUCAACCUUCGCUCCAGAAUCUCCCAUAAGGGUUCAAUUGGGUUGAGAUCUCGUGACUGAGACGGCAAUGACAUAUAGUUUACAUUCUUUUCAUGCUCAUCAAGCCAUUCUGUGACCACUCAUGUCCUGUGGAUGGGGGAGCAUUGUCACCCUAUCGGGGCAUAGCCAUGGCAGCCAAAGUAAUGGCCUGCCUAGCAUAUUUUUCAUACCCUAGGCAUGAUGGGAUGUUAAUUGCUUCAUUAACUCAAAACCACACCUGUGUGGAAGCACCUGCUUUCUUACUUUGUAUCCGUAAUUUACUCGUUUCCGUUAUUUUAGCAGUUACCUGUAAAUGCUUAAUAGUUGUUUUUGUUAAAAGGAAAUAUUUGCCACUUGACAGAAUUAGAAUAAAGAAAAUGUUGUCAAGCCUAA